AUGAAUAAUUUAAUACAAAAAUAUAGUAAUUUCUUAGUAAAAAUAAAGAGAUAUUAAGAUUACGAUGAGGAGUUUAAGUAAUCUCUUCUUGAUGAUGAAGAUGCAUAUCUAAGAGAAAACAAGUAAAUUAUCGUACCCAUUCAUUAGACAUUUCUCUGUUAAAGCUCUAAGUUAUGUGGAUGAGUCUUAAAGUGUUCCCUCUUUAAGAAAUUUCAAAUUUCAAGAAGCCUUCCCUUGUUAUGCUAUCAUAUAAGCAGCAUCUAUUUUUUUUAUUCAUUCUUGGUGGAUAAAUCAAAUUCACUUAUAUUAGAACACUAGAUUAUGA